AUGUGUCCUUGGAAGUCGCGGAGUAAUGCUUGUAAAUCGAAUAUUACCUGGUGUUUACUGAGGCGGCAACAAUGCCGGCUUUCGUAUGAAGAACAGCGCACAAUUCUACAAUAUGGCGUGUGCCAAACCACUCGUACUCGUCGGGCUGUUUCUUGCAAGUUUCCGGGAUCUCCAGUCAGUACUUAUUUUCUUGCUUUUAGUCCUGAUGGAGAAACAGUUGCCUCAAGUCAUGGGGACCACUUCGUGCGGAUAAGCGAGGUCAAAUCUGCUCGCUGUUUGCAUAUUUUAAAAGGCCACCCUCGUUCAGUGUGGUGUCUGGUUUUUCACCCUUCGAAUCCUCAUUUGCUAGCAUCAGGUUGUUUAAAAGGUGUUGUAAACGUAUGGGAUUUAACACAAGGGGAUGGUAAAUUGGUCGGCUCACUUAGUUGCCAAAAUGUCACAUCGCUUGCAUUUCACCCAACAGAUAUGGUGCUGCUAAUCGCUACAGGCAACCAGUUACUAUUUUGGUCAUGGCGUCAGAAAGAACCGUUUGCAAUGGUAGAAUCAGCAACAGAUGAUGAAAAAAUUCGACUUGUAAGGUUUGAUUUGCUUGGGCACCAUAUAUUAACUGGAAUACUUGAUGUGGAGCAGCCAAAUGAUGUCUCAAUGGAUAAGAUUCCAUCGGCCAACGAAAAACCAUCGACCAGCCGAACUGUUGUUCACAUCAAUAUGCAAAACAUGGAAGCUACUGUGGACAAUGUUACUGAUGAAGUCAUUGCUGAACAUAGUACGACAAGAGUGGCCAUGUCUGAAAGCCAAAGUACUUGUUUAUUUCGCUUACAAUGGUGGGAUUUUACACACUUGGAAAUUCCUAAUUUGAAGCAAACAAACAUGCAUAUUGUUGCACGUAACUGCUUAUUGACCAAUAAUACAAGUGCUGAUAUAUCAUCAGAUGGUCGACGUUUGAGUGCUUUAGUUGUGAAAUUGGAUGACGGUACUAAGUUAUGUAAUGUCUGUGUAUUUUCAUUGGAAAAGUACAAUCUUGGUCAGUGUUUAUACUCCACUACGCUUGGGCGUAAUACUUUUUCCACUUGCUUCUCACCUCUUGGUACUCACAUUAUAGUCGGUAUAGCUUGUGACAACAGAUUUGCAUUGUUCCAAGAGCAUCCUGUAGAUAGGACUGUGGCAUAUAUUUUUAAACUAUGCACUAAUUUUUCAGCUGAGGUAGUUACCUUGAACGUAAGAGCAUCUGAUGAGUGGCGGUUCUCGGAUUUGCGUGCUAAUGCAGUAAUAUGGCAUCCAAUUAUUGGGUAUGGACUGAUUGCAUUUGGUACAAAUAAAGGCGGGGUAUAUUUUUGUCAUGUGUAA